UUUUGGACUGAGAUAGAUUGACACCAAAACAAGUGACGGUUGGCAAAUUGACACGAAAAAAGGUAACGGUUGGUAAAUGACACGAAAAAAUAUUCCGCCGCACGUUGCCUGGCGAAGGCCAGCAGCGGCGCAGCCUCAAGUGAAAAAAUUCAACCCCAGCUGCACCGCUGCACCGCCGGGAAACCCAACGGUCGCGCUCCCUCAUCACCGCACCCGACACGGAGCGAGUGGAUGGCGCGCCUUGCCCGAGGUAGAAUCCGCUACGAGUGGUAUGAUGAGUGCAUGCAGGUUCUACUGCUUGCUGUGUUGUGCGCGCUUGCUGGAGAGGAGGACAUGUUCCUCGUGAUGGCCAUGUUUGGCGUAGCAAAGCUGGAGACAUGUUUCCUCUCGACUCCCGAGAACUACACUCCGCGAACUACACUUCCCCAAAUCCCAACCGCCGCCAGCGGCUUCGCGCCCCUAGUGAAAAUAUUUUGACCACGUUUUCGAAAAAUUUUGACCUGUAAUUCUGACAUGAAAAAGUGCGGCGUAACCUCUCGUGUCAAAAUUCUGACGUCUCGUGUCAAAAUUUUGGUCUCGUGUCAAAAUUUCGUGCUCGUGUCAAAAUUCCUGACACACGUGGGACCCAUGUAAUAAUCGGAAAUUUUGGACUGAGAUAGAUUGACACCAAAACAAGUGACGGUUGGCAAAUUGACACGAAAAAAGGUAACGGUUGGUAAAUGACACGAAAAAAUAUUCCGCCGCACGUUGCCUGGCGAAGGCCAGCAGCGGCGCAGCCUCAAUGAAAAAAUUCAACCCCAGCUGCACCGCUGCACCGCCGGGAAACCCAACGGUCGCGCUCCCUCAUCACCGCACCCGACACGGAGCGAGUGGAUGGCGCGCCUUGCCCGAGGUAGAAUCCGCUACGAGUGGUAUGAUGAGUGCAUGCAGGUUCUACUGCUUGCUGUGUUGUGCGCGCUAGCUGGAGAGGAGGACAUGUUCCUCGUGAUGGCCAUGUUUGGCGUAGCAAAGCUGGAGACAUGUUUCCUCUCGACUCCCGAGAACUACACUCCGCGAACUACACUCCCCAAAUCCCAACCGCCGCCAGCGGCUUCGCGCCCCUAGUACGUGCGCCCAGAGCUACCGUCUCUUCCACCAACAACUGCUGUAACCUCUCCCUUCACGGGCGGGGCACCCGACUAGCUGCUGUUGUGGUUAUCUCCCGUGUGCUUCGAGUCCAGAGUCCAGACAGACCAACCUCGGCGUGUUUUGUUCUCGAUCCCGCGAUGAACGCACACGAUCCUAACCGCGGCUUGACGUUCCCCUAACGCGAUGUACUCCCGGGAGCGUUGUGUUCACGUGUGUGGGUGUGCGGGAAGCUGCGUGCGAGCUUGCCGACUGAGUUGAUGCCUUCGUGUGUGUGCGAUGGCGCUCUUGUCAAUUUGUCGUUUUCUCGUGUCAAAAUACCUCAGGUGAAAAUGUUUUGACCACGUUUUCGAAAAAUUCUGACCUGUGGCUCUGACAUGAAAAAGUGCGGCGUAAAAUAACCUCUCGUGUCAAAAUUCUUACUCUCGUGUCAAGNAUUUCGGGGUUCGGAACAAUAAAACAACUACAGUCUCGCCUGCCAAAUUAUCUCCGCUACAACUCUGUGCUCAUGUUCUCUGCUGAGUACCAUCUCUUCUUUCUGUGUUAUGUCUACGGAAGGCUAGUUGCCGCAGUCGCACCUAUGGUAAACUGUGCCUGACUACGUUGUAACAGUUUUCCUCGACACGACCCCUCGAUUAGGCAAGUAGCCGAUGUGCCAAAAAGAAAAAAAAAAGAAAAGCUUCACUUCGCUGCCAUUUUUUGCGACCCCUCAAUUCCCAAUCCAUAUCAAAGAAUAUCGACCUCCACAUGAGUGAAUCCAUUCUGUGAGCAAUACACGCGUUCAAAGCAUUCAACCAUGCCAUGCGAUCUUGUGCUUAAAAUCUUCUGGCAUUUGUAGUCCUUGAUGAGUUGCAUGAUGGUGGCGAAUCGCUGCUUCGGGAGAUGUUUCGUCGCGAUGUCCGCCAACAUCGUGGCACUAGGUUGGUGGUGAAGAGUGAUCCGGUGCCCCUUCGUGAGUUCGCUGAGGAAGAAGAACCGGAGCGCGAUGUGCGUGGUUCUAGAGCAGAACAUCGCGUUGCUGGCCACAGUCAAUGCUCCGGUGCUGUCGCUGUUGAUGGGUACCGAUCGAAAGGUCUUGAAUCCGAUUUCCGUCAUGAAGUUGGAGAUGUAGACUGCCUCGCGAGCACUGAAGCUCAGCGCUUGAAGUUUGGCCUCCACGGUGUUCUGUGCUGCGAGAGUCUGUGCCUUGGCUCCGUAGCUGAUCAGUCCCCCUCCUAGGAAGAACAGGUAUCCGGUGGUAGACCUGCCGUUGUCUGGGUUGGCUCCAAAUGACGAGUCAGUGAAGCACGAGAGUCUGAACUGCCCCUUCUUGUACACGAUCGGCAGGUCCGGCGUUCCGCGUAGGUACCGUAGUAGGUGCUUGGCCGCAACCAUGUGGACCUGUGCUGGGGUUGCGCAUGCCCGUGUCUGUUGGAGCACUGCGUAUGACAGAUCGUAGCGGGUGCAUUGGGCAAGGUACAGGAGACUCCCGGUGAUGGCCUGGAAUCUCUGCUUGUCCUCGGGUCCGAGCAGUUGGUCUUGUGGCUGCUCGGUUGAUAGUUCUGCUCCAUACCCGGGGGUGCUGACCGGGUUUGCCUGUUCCAUUCCGU